AUGGCCCAGUGCCUUCAACCUUACAACAAUGCGAUGAGUCCGCAGCGUGUCUGUCAUAAUUACAUGUUCGACGCAUGGACCAAAAAAGACAAUUUUGCGCAAUACGCAAAAGAUGAGGUUCUGCCCGGGCUCGAACCGGGGACCUUCUCGCGCCAUGGGCUCUGUGCCCCACCGAACUCAACUCAGUUCAAUCAACCACCUUUACGCACCCUCGCAGUCAGACUGUUUUCAACCCAUCCAUUAUUCCUACACCUGUGGAUUCCCUUCCUCAGACACCUGGAAGCAAAGCGGAUCUUUCCCGACUUCAAACUUAUCGUGCAUUACGGUACACGGUCAACUUUCGUUGACAAAGGCGCAAAACCCCCCAGCGCGAGUGAGCUUAUCCAGCAUUUGAGCAAAGUCGACCCCAAGAACCCUCAGAAUCGUAUGACUUUGGUCAUCACGUCCUACGCCACACCAUAG